UUCCGAGAAAUUGCUGGAGGACACUUCGAGGAAACACAACAGAUACCAUACUAUGGCUAACACCCCUGAUGGCUGCAUUCAGUUCACGCGACACGCUGGAUAUGUCCUUCUCAACUUCAACCGUUUACGCAGUCGAAAUAUCCUGACAGAUGUGGCUGUGAUGGUCAACGGACAGCAGUUUCAGGCACACAAGACCGUUCUCAUGGCCUGCAGUGGGCUCUUCUACUCCAUUUUCACCAGUGCUGAUAAAGGCAGCGUGAGCACCAUCAGUCUGGACCCCUCCGUGGACGCUGUUGGUUUCUCAGUGCUGCUGGACUUCAUGUACACUUCCUGUUUGGCCCUGAAGGACAGCGAUGUCUUCUCCAUCCUGGCCACAGCCAAAUACCUCCAGAUGGACCAUGUGGUGGACACAUGUCAAAGAGUUGUUAAGGCCAGAGACCUACAUAAACGACAGGAGGACUUGGCACGCAUCAUUUGGCGGACGCAAGACCUACCUCCUUCUCCACUCCGUGCCAGCAGUGAUGCCCCCUUCUCCAGUCACAGCCAUCCCCUCAGUCACAUCUAUGGCCACUCCCCCAUUCCCCUGGUGCCCGCGGCUCCAUAUUGGCACAUUCCCAGCCGCAGCAGCAUGCCCAAACAGUGCCCACCCUCUGCGUCCAGUGUGGUCAAUUUAUCUACAAUGAGGCGCCUCCACUCAAGCUUUCAAAGCAACCUUGGUAGGCACCCCACGCCUCCCCUGUCCUCCAUGGACUACCAGAGGCAGCUACCUCGGCCCGUGGCCCACCCCCGGCUGAAGCAGAAGCAGACGCGCACGCAAGACACUGGCUGCCAUGAGCUCCAGGAGGUGAAGAGGGGUGAUGAGGAAGAGGAAGGGGAGCAAGGUGAUAGAUCAGACUGCCGGCCCAGCUCCCCCAUGGAGUCCAGCAGCUGCAGCAAGGAGACCUCCUCUUCCUCUUUAUCUUCUUCCUCCGCCUCCUCCUCCAUCUCCUCCUCACCUCCUCUUGGUCCUCACAACAGUCACGGUCAGAAUGAGAAAGUGCACAACUGGAAGAAGUACAAGUUCAUUGUCUUGAACGCCUGUCAAGAGGAUGAACAGCGUAGCGAAGAAUCUACCUCACAGAUUAGCCAAAAAGAGAAGGAGGAACAGGAACAUCAAGUCCAGCAAGUCAACCGGCUUAGUAACACCAGCAGGAUAUCUGAAGAGGGUCAUCAGCGAUUUGACUCUGCAAAACCUCAGGCAGAAUCUUCAGAAUCGGAUUGCACUGUUUCAGCCGACUUCUGCAAGAAAUGUGACUCCCAAAUCGCAGAUGCAGAACACUCCCUUCAAGCCCAUUGCAUCAAACCAUACAAAUGUGACUACUGCCCUGCAACUUUCCGGUGCAAAGGAAACCUUGCCGGUCAUAAAUCUGUUCACACAGGAGAAAAACCUUACCGCUGUUCUGUGUGCGGUGCACAGUUUAACAGACCAGCCAACCUCAAGACCCAUAGCCGUAUCCACUCUGGAGAAAAGCCAUACAAAUGUGAAACAUGUGGCGCUCGCUUUGUACAGGUGGCUCACCUCAGGGCCCACGUCCUCAUCCACACGGGAGAGAAGCCCUACCCCUGUGACGUCUGUGGCUCGCGCUUCCGUCACCUGCAGACUCUGAAGAGUCACACGCGCAUACACACUGGGGAGAAGCCCUAUCAGUGUGACCACUGCAAGUUGCACUUCCGCCACAAGAGCCAGCUGAGGCUUCACCUGCGGCAGAAGCACGGCACCGUGCCCAGCGGCAGGACUCCGCCCCUCCGGCCGGCCAGUGCCCCUCACCAUCCUGCCGUCCACACCCACUGAGCAGGGUGGGGUUACCUUUGGAGAGAGGGAACUGCGCGGCCACGCCUACUCAGGGUUACAUUGGUCCAAUUUAGUCUUACAGUUCAUCGGUGAUGCUGGAGAGAUGUUCAAAAUAUCUAGCUUUGUUACAUGACAUGUUUUUUUGCUAGGUUUUUAAUUUGUGCAACAAAAAGUGUACAUAUAUGUAAAUAUUUAAGUCUUAAAGUUUGUAUUUUUUAAAAAACAAAAUCUAAAAUUAAGGUAGGCCUAUGUGAUAUUUUUUUUUUGUACUAUGAUUAUACCUGUUAUAACCGAGUGCCGCCAUAUUGGUAUGGUGCAUCAGAUUGUAUGAGUAGGUCAGCCAUAGUGAAUUCAGCUUCAUUGAGCUAUUGGUCCAGCAUCCAAAGAUCCUCAGCAUUUCUGCGCAGACUGAUCCAUGAGGAAGGUAUCAGUGGUUGCAAUACUUGCCUUGGGUAGUGGAGCUACCCCAUUGACAGACACCACUGGGAGUCAGUAUGAUGUAACAAAAUGCAACAGCCAUGCAAGUGUGGUUACUGCUGUAUUGCAUUACUUCUGUGUGCAGUAGUACCACUUGAUUUUUGUCUUCUGGCUUUGUUUAUAGUGUAAUUUCCUCUUCAGCCUGCUAUCCGUGAGUUUCAGUUACUGAAUUAGCAGCACCACUAUUUUCUGUUUUCUAUGACAAAUAUUUGGAGUGCAAAAUUAGUGGGGGGGGGGGGGGGGGGGUAAUACAAUGUCAUACUCAGUUGACUAAACAUUGUUUUAGUCAUCUCCAUUCAUUCAGUGUCAGCAAAUUAACAGUUACACAGAAAAGAGUUGUCAGGUGCUUUCGUCAACUGUGCUUCCUCUACAACUUCAUCACUAAUACAAUUCCCAGUUGUGCAACUCAUUAAAAUGCAUGGUACUCAGUUUGGUCUGCACUGAUGUAUGCAAUACUGCGGACACUAGAAUUCCUUCUGAGGAACUAACUGUGCGUUCAGUGUGGAAUUAAAAAAUAUUUUUUCUUAAUCUUGCUUUUUCUUAGUGUUCAAUCAUGUACAGAUAUACAGAAGAGAGAACUGUUGUGUAUGUAUGUGUGGGGAGAAUGAGAAGGUCUUUGCACUGAAAACUCACUUGAGUAGAGAUCAUAUUUUUUGCAGUAAUGACUUGUGUGUUAAUGAACCAAGGACACUGAAAGAAUCAGACAAAUUCAACU